UUGACGCGCCACUUUGAUUUUCUUCAGUUUAUCUAUCUGAUAUUAACCAGAUAGGCAGCAUGCACUGGGAGAAAUCACAGCCAUCAGCCGUGGGCAGGUCCAGGCCAUACCAAGGUGUGCGAGUCAGGGAUCCUGUCAAAGAGCUGCUGAGGAGGAAGAGGAGCCUGGAACUUCACAGCACCAAGACACUGCCUCCUACUGGGGACAUGGUCUCACACAACAACCAGCUGUCAUUUACACAAGGUAUCUUUGGCUGUGAUGUUGCCAGCGGAUCCCCAGCCGAAGCGCCGACCACAGCUGCUGAUGGAGGGCUGCAGUGUGCGGGGUGGAAAGCGACCAGUCCUGGGCUGCAGGCCGCCGCCAUGUCCUGGUCGACGCCUGACUACAACCAGCAGGACCCCUCAGCUCAGACUCUGACCUACCCAGCCACUCCGACACUUACUAUGCAAACUCUGUGUCCCAGCUACACCAUGCUGACCUACACACACACACCACUGCUGACAAACUUUGGGACCAUACCAGUGGCACCAGCCCCAGCCUCCCUGCCUCAAGUGGAGCUCCAAGACUCAGGGUUGACCUAUCUUCCUUGGGCCCAGCCACUCACCACUAUAUCGACCAUGCCUAAUCACGGGGUGCAGUUUGCCCCGGGUUCUGGAGCGCUGCCUGGGUCGCCUCUGGUACACAUGCCGCUGUCCAUGUCGUUGACCGCCAUGAUCCCACAGCUGGAGCCCCAGGGUAUGGACCCUCAGCCCGAGAUCCUGGAGAUCCCCGAGCAUUCAGAGCAGCAAGCUCAAGGUCAGUCUCUGAACGAAGACCCGGAGGUUGAGGCGGAAUCACCAAACCUACUGGACAAACUUCUCGAGGAUCACAAAGAACAUGGUGAGGAGGAGGACAAAGACUCGUACAGAAGCUCCCUCUUCAUACCCAAUGUCUGAAGAACAUUUUUUUAAAUAUGAAAUCAGUAUUUUUACCUUUACAUUUCAUUUUUUUCCCUCUGGGGCAAGUGCCUAUUGGCCUUUUUGUGUAACUUGAUUACCACAGAUUCUGUAUAUUAUUAAGCCUUUGAGGUCUAACCUAUCUAACUUACCCAAACCAAGUGUUUUCUGUGAUUUGUAAGCAAAACUUGAAAUAGUUUCUCUUAGUUAUCGUGUUUUUUUGGUGUCCCUGUUGCAAAGACUUGUAAGAAAAACAAUGAAAAUCCAGAAAGCGAUUAUUCUGAAAGUAUACAGUAGAGUCAGGGUUCAGGUACGUGUUACCACACAUUAUGACCCAGACUUCACAGAACUAUUAAUUUCUUGGAUAAUUGGGAAUCACACGUCUAUAAUUAUCCAUGCUGGCUCAUACUUAAUAAUAAUAACAACAAUAAUAAUAAUAAUAAUAAUACAUUUUAUUUAUAGGCGCCUUUCAGACCCUCAAGGUCACCUUACAAAAACACGUGAGCAAUAGCAGCAUAUAUUAAACAUGGCAAAAUCAAAUUUAGAUAGAUAUAAAAUAAAUAAAUAGAUAUAAAAACUGAGCAAGGUAAAGACUCUUCUGGAUUAUUAUGACCUGAGUUUUAUUUUUGUAACUGCUCCUGACUUCCUGUUAUUACAUUUUCAUUAUGUUCAUUUGAUUUAUUAGAAAUUAGUUUAGUGUGCAGCAAUAAACAGAACCGAAAGACAAAUCAUUUCUUGCAUAGAGACUAGCGUAAUUCUAGUAGUCUGUUACCUACAGUGCAAAGGUCUUAAGCAAAGGCUUCAUAUCUUUAUAUCGUCAAUGGGAAAUGGGCACGGCGCAUUACAUACAUGUAAACACAGUAUAUUUGUACAAUGAGCUUAGAAGUCCAUAUUUGGUAUGACCACAGAGCCUUACCUGAAAUCACAGGCAAGUUUCAUGUGACUUUUAAAAGCCUCCUUCAAGUUUUUCUUUGGAUGUUGGACGCAGUGUUUUGCAGCUUGUAGUGAAAACCAUUGCAACAUUGUUCAAGAUGAACUUUAAAAAGUUACAAUUCUGUCUCCUUAGAUGCAAAAUCUAAAUAACGGAGUAGCUCAAGACGUUUGCACAGAAAUGCUAUAAAAUCCAUGUUUGUCUGUGUUUGAGAAACAGCUAAAGCACACUGUGAUUCAAUUUCAUAUGUAUAAAAGUCAGUCUUAAACAGAUGCCAUCUAGUGUUGUGUUUGCAGAAUGCAGUUCAGCAUUAUGUCACAGCUGAACAACCUUCUUGUUUUAUAUAAAGGGACCCUGUUGUUCUCAAAUCCAGCUCAUUUCCGAUUUGUGGACUUUGCUAGAUUUGCUUUGCAUGAACAAUUUUGGAUUUUUGGACACAUGUCUGAAAUGUGACAGCACAGAAGUUCAAGGCAGAAACAUCUGGAACCACUGAUCGAGGUUUUGGUGUGCUUUUGUCUUAACCUGUGUAAAUGCUUCUGCUUGUAGGUAAACAAUGAGCAAAGGUUUCAAAUAAAUGGAAUGCAAUAGAAAACAUUUCUCUCUGGAAAAUGAAACCACUGAAGUGUCAAAAGCUGCAGUUCAGCCUCCUGAAGCUGGCUGCAGCAGUCAGUGUGUAUCGACUGGUCCCGGUGUUACAGUGUCCACCUAAACAAGAUGAAUGAUCACCCCUCUCUGAUUUUUCACAUCAUAUCAACUUCACAA